GCUGUGAUCCGCGGAUCAGCUGGGCGAAGCAAUAACAUCCAGGACAAAAACAAGACAAACAGAUAGAUAGAUCUAGAUAUAUAAAUGCAGCAGAAACCAGGAUUUACACGGAUACAGACUGCACUCCUGAACAUCGUGUGGUUUUAAAGUUUCUUCUAAGAAGAAAGCCUUAUUCGUAUAAUAAUAUUAAUAAUUAUCAUUAUUAUAAACGUUAGAAUAACCCUGGUGCAUUAACACUACCUCACAGAAACGCUCCUGAUCCUGGGCUUUAACGCUUUUUGUCGUGUUUUUUACUGUUUCGUCCACACGUUUACACGGUGCUCCAGCAAAGGCAGGCCUUUGCAGUAACAGACGAUAAAUUUGCACUUCGAGAGUUAAUCAACUCUUCCACCAACAAGGGCUUGACAAGCAAAACACACCACUAACAAGCCGUGCUGGUCUUUCACAACCUGCCACAGAAGACCGUCAGCAUUACCAACUGUAGAGCCAGUGUCUUUCCAAAACAAAUUCCAAGGCAGCUCUCCCUCAGGAUACCUAAAAUACCUGCCCUUUGACCUCCAAGGCGACCAUGUUCCAGCGACUUAGCAACCUGCUGUUCGGAGAGGUGGAGCAAGUUUCCGCCGAGCUCAAUGGACCCAAGCCGUGCGUGACCGAAGCGGACGAGGAGGGAUGGCUCCUGGUCAGCGUACCCGCCGACAGCGACUGUACCAGGUUGGGUGAGGACGGGGCAGAGGUCCCAUCGAUAGCACAAUCUCUUCCACAUAGUGAGUGUCAGAAGGUGGAGCCUGAAUGUGAUACAGCCACUCCGCCCCCCUCUCGUACAGGUGACUCCGCCCCUUUCUCAUGCAAACGGCGCAGGACUAGAGCAGGCCGCAGUCAGGCAGCAUGUCCUCCCUCGUCUCGUUCCCUUCGCGCCCCGCUUUCCCUCAACUCUCCCUCCCCACUUGGGCCAUCUGACUCCGCCCCUUGUGGGUUGGACGAGAGUUGGUUCAUCACUCCUCCACCCUGUUUCACUGCAGAGGGAGCGCCAACUGAAGCCAGCCCCAUGGAGGACCUGCUCAUCGAGCAUCCUAGCAUGUCUGUCUACGUCUCCUUGUCCAACCUGGACCAGAGUACAACCAACGUGGCCGACACCGCGAGCAGGAUGUCUGAAUCCACCCCAGCCCCUGUUCCCACUCGGCCGGUGCGAGGAUCAGCAUGUCAGGCAGUUCCGCUUGCCAAAGUGACUCAGGUGGGCCGUGUUCAGAGGGCCAAAGCCCGAGCGGAGCGUCGUCACCUUGCCCGCGGUCGCCUGCAGCGCCAAAACCGUGUCCGCCAGCAGAUCCCGCGCCACGUGGCUCACACACGCAACUCCUUCCUCAACCAACCGUGCCAGCGUAACUUCUGCCACUGAUCCACUUUGGAUCCUGGCAUCAUCAACAUCAUCAACAUCAUCAUCAUCAUCACGUUUACCAAUCUCCAAAAUCCCACAUCACUUAGCAUACCAUGUCUUCAGCGUUCUUCACCAAAGCUCUUAUUUUAUGUUAGUAUUUUUAUGUUAUUCCAGUUACAAGCAGGAAUAUUUUUAGCUUACCUGCUUAAAACCCAUCUGUUAGAGUAGAAAUAUUUGUUUUUUCAGUUAGUCGAUUAGCAAAGCGCUGUUUCAAAUAGUCUCGCUGUUGUCUCAAAGAUGCCGGCUUACAAUCAGCAAUCUCAAACGCAGAUAAAAGUGAGAAUGGCUCAUAUGAAAAACUAGCAAAGAUUUUGUGAGUCAAAAUAAGAAAUAUAGCAGAACUGAGAUAAAACAGUGAAACAGUGGAAGAAACCAAAACAAGGGUCUGAGGCCAUAUUAUCAUCAUUUAUUUGCUUCAAUUUGUGUUGGAAAAGUCCAGUUUUCUCCAUUCUCCAUUAUUUGUCCAAUAUUUUGUGAUUUCUUUAAGAUUAAAAAGCACUGAAAAUACCGUAGAGGUUAACAUACAUGUUAAGAAAGAGAGA